AUGGAUGAAAACCACAGGAAAUAUAUCGAAGUACAAAGAAAUAAUGGGUAUUUAUUAUACGUAAUUACCACUAUAAUACUUAUCACAAUUUCAAUUUUUUGGAUCAAGAAAAUCAAUGAGAUCAUAACAAGACGGAAUACAAAAAAAAUACAAAAUAGCGAAGAGUCUAUUCAGCUUCAAGCAACAGCUCCAACAAUGGAACCGUCAGAGCUCGUACCAAUAGGAGAAACAACAGACAAAAACGAUCUUGCACUAUACCCAAAGCUGAGGACGGACUUUUAG